AUGGCUGAGUCACGGGACGAUCCCGAGUUCUAUCUCCCCACCCACUUCCUAACAGACGACGUCGUUCUGCACAACAUGGACGAAAACAGCUUCCACCAAAACGGAGUUAGAUCAGUCGCCCGGUUCCCCACCGAGUUCCCGUACGAGUUCGAUUCCUCCGACUCUAACUCAGCCCUCAGCUCGCCUGUCGAGUCCGUGGUCGGCUCCACUGAGACUGAGAGCAGCGACGAAGAGGACUUCCUCUCUGGGUUGACUCGCCGCCUCGCUCAGUCUUCGCUGCAGCAGACUCACCAGACUCAGAAGCUCUCUGUCCCCAACUUCAACAAAGACAAGCCCGAGUGGGUCAUGGCCGGCUCGCCUCAGUCGACCUUGAGCGGAAUCGGGAGCUGGUCAAGCAAUGGAAGCCCGACAGGCCCUUCUUCCCAGGUGCCAUCCCCACCAACGUCGCCGUUUGGAGCUCAGAACGACACCUGGGAUCUGAUAUACGCAGCUGCUGGGCAAGUUGCGAGGUUGAAGAUGACCAAUGGUGUUGAAGGAGCAACCAAAUUCAGCAACCAUAGCCGAGGACUUCUGGGCCCACCUCGGAGCCCCAGUCCUUCGUCCCUGCCUUGUGUGAAAAAUCCAACUCCUGGGCUGUGCUCUAACCAGAGCUUCAAUCAGUUUCAGCAUGUGAGGCAGAACCAGGUGCUCAACAAGCCACAGUGCUCUGCAGCUUGGGGAAAACAAGGCCAGCUUCCUUGGUCAGCAUAUCAGCAACAACAGCAACAGAUCCAAAGCAGAGGGAGAAGUAUUCCUGGGUAUGAGAGUGGUCGAUGUGGGCAUGGUGUGAGUUUACCCCAAUCUGCAUGGCCGCCUCUGCAAGUUCAACAACACCAAAAUCAACAUCCACAGCGUAACAAUGCAUCCGUGCGUCCCAUUUUGCCCAACGGAUCUAAUAUCAAACGGGAGUGUGCAGGAACAGGCGUGUUCUUACCUCGCAGAUACACCAACCCUGCUCCUGAGCCUCGCAAGAAAGCAGGUUGCCCAACUGUUCUGCUCCCCGCCAAGGUAGUUCAGGCCCUCAACUUGAACUUUGAGGACAUGAACAGUCAAGCUCCGCCGCGUUUCAACUCCGGUUUAGCCCCAGACCAUGAGGCUCUGUUGGCCAGAAGAAAUGCACUGCUGGCUCAGCAAAGGCUUGGGGGAUUAAGGCCAGAGGGGCCACUGAAUUAUGAAGUGCGCCUGCCUCAGGAGUGGACCUACUGA